AUGAAGAAAAACAAGAUGGCCACCAAGCGCAGGACCAGCCACUCGUGUUAUUGCAAUGACAAGGGGGAGCGAUGGGGCUACAAGAUUUACAGAGAACUCUUACAAUUUGCGAAACCGACGGCGCCCUGCAGACCGCACCUGUGUCCUAAGAUGAAGAAGAGACUGGACAACCACCGACUGAGCUGCCCCGCGCUCCGGGCCGACGGGGGACAGACCCCAAGACCAGCCCUCACCAGCCAGAGCAGACCACCCCCCGUGGCCAGACCUAAAGAAAAACACACUAUAAACCAAGUAUCCUCUACGUCAACAAAGGCGUCAAUAGGAGUAUCUGCUCGCCGAAUGAAUCCCCAUAAAAGAAAGCCCAGAAUCGACUCAGUGCAAACUAGUUUGACCUACAAAGAUCUCGUUCCUUCUUUUAAAAAAACUACUGUAGUACAUUCCGCUCAAACUGAAUUGGCUUAUAUUGGUAACACCGGUAAUGAAGCUAAUCAGACUGAUACACAAGACGAUCGCUUGCAUAAUAAAACGUCUAAACUGAAUAAAACUCGCCAAGUUACAACCAAUCCUGUCAAACAAAAUGAAACUCCUGAAGACCAACGAAGAAGAAAUAAUUAUAGUGAUCAAAAAACUAAUACUGUACUGCCUGAUAGUCACGAAGAUAUAAGCAACGUUUUUCCAAUGAAACGAAGUGAAACUCAUGAAUAUCAACCAAGAAGAAAAGAAUAUCGUGAUCAGCUGAACGGGGUAGUUCGUGAUUUUUUCCAAGAUAUACCAGUUUUUCCAAAUACGAGUGAUAAGAUUAAGCAAAAACGAUUGCACAUUAUUGUCGAUUUUGUGGAUAAAAUUGCUGAUCUAUUUAUAUUUAUUAAUGAUGAAGAUUACUAUGACAAAGUGGAACGUAAAAUUGAAGAAUGUUUACGAAACCUGCCUAUGUGGGAACCAAAAUUUAAUCAGGGCAAACUUCAAUUUAAAAACUAUCUAGAAGACAGAUUGCUCACAUUAAUAAAGACAUUUAAUAAAAAAUGGCAUAGUUUUAAAAUCAAAAGGAAAGAGAAUGUGGAAAAAGAAAUAAUUAAUUGGGCACAUAAUUAUCUCGAAAGUACCAUUGAAAAGGGCGCCGUAAGUAAAAAACUAAUUAAGAAAAUAAACCGAAUACUAGAAUCCGGGUUCAACGAGAAACAUAUUAUGAGAGAAGAAAUUGUCAAUAUCUUAGAAGAACUAUCACCUUACUUGCAAUUGUCUCAUGACAAAAAUGUUAAUAUAUUAGCAGGUGAUUUAACAAAACUUUUAAGUGACUCUGAGGAAAGUUAUGAAAUCAGCGAUGAAUACAAAUAUACAAGAGAUAAAUCUUUGAAUGAUUAUCAAUUAGGAGAAAAAGCAGAAUCUGAAAUUAUCAGUGAAAUCACUGAUAUUCUGUUCAGCUAUGACGAUUUAGAUUCGCAUAGCAAUAAACGUAAUGUAGUUAAAGAAAUUCGUCGAAUUCUCAAAUUAUCAGGAGGAUUUUCAGAUUCUGAAUCAUCAAGUUUGGCCAAAACUUUGUUGACAAAUGUAAGAGGUGGUUUUGAUGAGGAUCUUUAUACAAAAAAUGGUGGAGGUAGUCAUUCCAGCUCAUUUCUGGUAUUAACAUCAGAGCAAGAUCUAUCAGAGAGUUAUAAUCCUCCAUUUCACUCAACUCCUAAAAAGUAUGUACGAAAAAAAGAAAUUCCGACACUCAACAAAGCAGAAAAAGUUUUCAUUGAAAAAGUGUCAGCAAUCAUUAGAACAUGGCUUGAUACUACAGACGUAUCUUUUGAGACAAUGGAAGAGCAGGCGUUUAAAGAAACCGUGGUUGACGAUAUGACGAAUGACGUUCAUAGUAUUGUAAAACAAAUUGUCCAAUUACAAGUACCCGGUGGACCGAGAAUAAGUGAAAUAGCAUUAAAUAAGCUAAUACUAAAAGGAAUAAGGAAAUAUGAUUUAUUUUCACGGCCCAUGACUGGGGAGUCACCGGAAGUCGUAGAUCUUCGACGACGUAUUAUGGCUUUGGAUACUGAUGAUAUAUUAGAUAAAUCUAAUUUUUUGGAACCGCAGCACGGCAACAGACAAGCUAUGGCAAACAUAAAGUUCAGAAAUGCUAAUGACAUGAAAAAUGAACCCGAUCCCGUUUACCGACCUAAUACAUUGGAUAUACUUGAAGAUAAUAUAUCUAUUUGGAUGAAUGAACAACCGUCUGACUUAUAUAAACCUUGUGACAAACCGACAAAAAACAAAUUAAUGCGAGAAGUUGCCACUAAUAUACAAGAAAAAAUUGUAAAUAAAAGUUCUGACAAUGAAAUAAAAAAUGAAUUAAAGCAAUGGCUAAAUAAGAUAGUAAAGCCAAAAAUGCAAAGAAAUGUUGAUGGGUUAGCAGAAAAUCUGAAAGAUAGGAUUGUAAAGCUACCUCACGAUGAGACACUGAACAGAGUUCAUCAGAAAAGGGUUGAUAAACAAAAUGAAGAUAUUGAGACUGAAGACAAAAUAAACGAGUUUAUUGACAAACAUAUACGCCGAUAUAACAUAGAUGAUGAAGUUGUAAAUGGCGUCUUAAAACUAAUGUUAUAUAGAGAGUUAUAUAAAUUGAGUCCAGCAUCAAGGGAAGAGCUAUACAUUAACAGCAGUAAUGAUGCUUUUAAUACUGAUGAGGUUCGCAAGGAACUAGAAAUAGCUAGCGAAAUACACGACUGGCUCAAGAGCAUACCUUUUUACUAUCCUUUACUCAAACCGGGGCGUGAAACUAUAGAAUUCGUUCACAUUCUGGCAAGAAAUAUUGCUAUCAUAGAACUUGAGAGACGUAAGUAUCCAAAUAAAAUGAAUUACAAUUCUUGGUUACAUACUCAGAUAGCAACGUAUAUGCUGCAGAAAGAAGCGGCAAUUAAUGAAGAAGACAAGCUUAAAAUAGAUCACCACGCAGGACAGCUAUAUAUGCGUAUUAUAAAUCUACGGAAAGAUGAGGAAAACACAGAUGAACUAUGUAAAAUAAUUACAGAGCAUAUGAAGAAGUAUGAUACUUUAUUAGCAAAAGAUUAUCUGAAGAAAAUAUUAUGGCGUCGUCGGCUAGCUGAUAAUGUGAAGAAAUUGCUGCUCGCAAAACCUACAGCUUCCCGUGUUGAUGUAGAGAAGGCUCUAGCAAUGAUACCUUUACCACACGAUGAUUCUGUAUUCAAAUAUAAGAUGGAAAUUAAAUACAAUAUAACUAUUUAUGACUGGCUACACGCUCUCCCACUAGUACCACCAAAAGAUAACGAAGAAGAAAAUAGAAGGAAAAAUAAGAUUCAAGAACUGUUACAAAAAAUAAUAGAAACAGAUGAAAGAAAAGCUGGACACCCUCACGACACACAAACUGAUGAUGACUUAGAUAACUACAUAGCUUCUUGGAUAUCCCAGUUGCAGUUUGAGAAAAAUGCUGAAAUAAACAUCCCUGUAAUGAUUUCGCAAUUGAGGAGUGGGUUGGAGUAUACCAAAUGGGCGGAAAUACAGCCAAAGAAAACUUCGGAGCAUGGACUUACCCGGAAUACCAGGUCAAUGUAUGUUUAUAUGUAA